AUGUUCCGUCUUGGUAGCAGCCGCGCUCUUGCUUCGGCGUUGAACGCCACCAAGCUCGCCCCCUCUGUCAGACUGCCCGGUGUCGCACAGCAACGCAGAGCUCUGAGUAUCCACGAGUACCUUUCCGCCGACCUCCUGAAAAAGUAUGGAGUUGGUGUUCCCAAGGGCGCUGUCGCCAAGAAUGCCGCCGAGGCUAAGGCCGUAGCGAAGGAGAUUGGAACUGAGGACAUGGUCAUCAAGGCCCAGGUCCUGGCUGGUGGCCGUGGUAAGGGCACCUUCGACAACGGUCUCAAGGGCGGUGUCCGUGUCAUCUACUCUCCUCACGAGGCCGAGAUGUUCGCCGAGCAGAUGAUUGGCCACAAGCUCAUCACCAAGCAGACCGGCGCCCAGGGCCGCAUGUGCAACAGCGUCUACAUCUGCGAGCGCAAGUUCGCCCGCCGCGAGUUCUACCUGGCUAUCCUCAUGGACCGUGCUACCCAGACCCCCGUGAUCGUCUCGUCUUCCCAAGGAGGUAUGGACAUUGAGACCGUUGCCAAGGAGACCCCCGACGCCAUCAACACCACCUACAUCGAUAUCAACGUUGGAGUCACUGAUGAGAUGGCCCGUGACAUCGCCACGAAGCUGGGCUUCAGCGAGCAGUGCAUCGAGGAUGCCAAGGACACCAUCCAGCGCCUUUACAAGAUCUUCCGUGAGAAGGACUCCACCCAGAUCGAAAUUAACCCCCUUUCCGAGACCUCUGACCACCAGGUCCUGUGCAUGGAUGCCAAGUUCGGUUUCGACGACAACGCCGAAUUCCGCCAGAAGGACGUCUUUGAGUGGCGCGACACCUCCCAGGAGGAUGCCGACGAGGUCCGUGCCGCUCAGUCCGGCCUGAACUUCAUCAAGCUCGACGGUGACAUUGGCUGCCUUGUCAACGGUGCCGGUCUUGCCAUGGCUACCAUGGACAUCAUUAAGCUGAACGGCGGUCAGCCCGCUAACUUCCUGGACGUCGGAGGUGGUGCCACCCCUGCCGCCAUCAAGGAGGCCUUCGAGCUCAUCACCAGCGACUCCAAGGUCACCGCCAUCUUCGUCAACAUCUUCGGCGGUAUCGUCCGCUGCGACCACAUCGCCAUGGGUCUCAUCCAGACCGUCGAGGCCCUCAACCUCAAGAUCCCCAUCAUUGCCCGUCUCCAGGGCACCAACGUCGAGCAGGCCCACCAACUCAUCAACGAGUCAGGCAUGAAGAUCUUCUCCAUCGACGAUCUCCAGAGCGCCUCUGAAAAGGCCGUUCAACUGUCAAAGAUGGUCAAGCUUGCUCGUGACAUUGAUGUCGGUGUCGAAUUCACUCUGGGUAUUUAA